GGCACCAAAGUGAAUUAAAAAGUAAUCAUGUACCUACCUAGUUAAUUAAUGUUUUUAUCUUUCGUAAUUUAUAAAGAUCAUCUUAUUGUUAACUAAAUGUGAAUUUUAGAAGAUUUAUAUUUUAAUAUGUCUGUUAGUAACUUAUCAACAGUGUUAAAAUCAUGUUCAGAAAGUGAAUUGAUAAGUGAAGUCUCAGAAUCCAAUAUGACAUCAAAACAGGUGGAAGGAUCCCGACUUAAACGUACUUUUACCUUGCCUCGCAAUCCAUUUGGCACUACAAAACCGAGCUCUAGUAAAAAUAAAAGCAACGAUACUGACAAUAAGCCCUCCAGUGCAAAUCCUUUGGCCACAACUAAUAAAGAAGAGGGUGGCUUAGAAAGGAAGUUAUUCAGAAGGCCAUCAUGGAAGAUAUUUUUAAACAAAAUAGCUCAGCAUAUGAGUACUGUAAAUACUACUGUUGUAAAAUCUGGUCAAGUGGUUAACAGUGACAGAGUGCCAUGCAGUGGAGAGCCGCCCUGGCCGCCUGGUGCUACUCCUGCAGCUACUGGAAUAAAAAACCAUGGCAACACUUGUUACAUGAAUGCAGUUCUUCAGUGUCUCUCGCACACAGAUGUCAUAGCAGAAUAUUUUGUACUUGACUUUUAUAAGGUUGAUUUGCAAAAAAGGAAUAAAAUUAACUCAAAAAAGUACGGUACUCGCGGAGAGGUGACUGAGCAAUUAGCAGCGUUGCUAAAGGCAUUGUGGUCUUGUCAUUAUAUACCUGACAUGAGUGUAGCAUUUAAGGCUGCCGUUGAAAGACACGGUACUCAAUAUCGAGGAAAUAGUCAACAUGAUGCGCAAGAAUUUCUCUUUUGGCUCCUUGAUAAAGUUCAUGAAGACUUGAAUACAGCAACCAAGAAAAAAUAUAAGACUAUCAAAAAUACGGUCGGGAAGUCAGAUGAGGUAGUGGCAGCGGAAACGUUGGCUAAUCACGCACGUCGGAACAGUUCCUUUGUACAAGCAGUUUUCCAAGCCCAGUACAGGUCUGCAUUGACGUGUGCGAAAUGCGAGCGAACUUCAUGCACCUUCGAUCCGUUUCACUGCGUCAGUGUACAACUUCCGACGCGACCCGUCACCGUACAGCCCUCACCUCUGCCUGUUAAUGUUGUUUAUGUGAACCAACAACCAAGGCAAGUGCGUAUCGGAGUAGAACUUGCGCCCACCGCUACAAUGGACGAGUUAAGAACUUCGUUGCACGGGGACACCGGUAUUGACAGAGAGCACAUCAUACUGGCUGAGAUUAAUGAGACUGGAUGGUGUAACGCUCGCAGUGGUUGGGAAGUGGCGGGAAUUGACUUCGGAGCCCUUUACUGUAUGGAGGCCCCACCACUCUUGCAAACCCCAACUACUCCAUAUCUUCUCAUACUUUGGGUCAAUUUAUUGGAAGGCGAACGAUUUGGUUCCCCAUACGCAAUGCAAGUUCCUCGCGAGAUUUCAUAUGAAGAUCUUCAAAAGCUAAUGUUGAAGGAGAUGUGCCAAGUGGUAGCUGAACGGGUGCUGGAGACGGCCCAAGGCACUGAUAUCUUCAAGGCCAGAAUUGCAGAAGCCCACCGGCCAAGGGACCCGGCGUAUUUGUUGCCUGAGUUGCCACACCCACUGUUUGCGCUGGACGUGGAACAGGCACUUUGCGCUCAUGACAAGUACCCGCAUUUGAGGCUGGAACUACUAUGGGAACCCGUACAUAGAGACAGUAUAAUACGCGAGUGGGGUGAAGCGUGUGAGGUGCACGUGUCGGCUGCGGGCGCGGCCGCUCCUUUAACGUUACACGCCUGUCUUGCUCAUUACACGAGGGCGGAACAUCUCGCCCAGGAGGAUGCUUGGAGGUGUCCUCAAUGCCAAAGAUACAUGCCGGUUGUCAAGACGCUCGGACUUUGGUCUCUUCCUGAUAUCCUUGUUAUACAUUUGAAAAGAUUUCGACAACAGGCUAAGGGUCGGACCAGCACGAAAUUAACAACAAUGGUAGAGUUUCCCCUAAACGACUUCGAUAUGACCCCGCACUUGGUCCGAAAAAAUACAACAGGUGCCGAAUCACCUGGUAACUCUCGAUCUCCAAGGCGGAGACUCUCCAAGACAAUCCAAAAUCCACAAGACAACAUUUACGAUCUCUAUGCCAUAUGUUACCAUCAUGGAGACGACUUAGAAACGGGCCAUUACACGGCAGCUUGCAAGAACCCAUACGACAACCACUGGUACAAGUUUGACGACUCCCGAGUGACGGCCGUGGAUGAUGAAAACGCAUACAGCGAACUCGUCAACAACUCCGCUUACAUGCUCUUCUAUAGGCGGAAGAAGCAGAACGUCAUUCACUCCUGUUCCACAGAAGAUAAGGAGCAUUGGGCGCUGCGCAUGCCCAGGUACAAACCGAUCGAGACGCUCAACGAAGUGUCCGAAAUAGAGAAGAACGAAUCGGACGUAGAAGAGAAGAGCGUAGACACGUCUACGACCAGUUCACCCGCGAAGCCAGUGAUACAGUCGCCGACGCUUCAACGGCCGCUUAUAGUGGAAGCGAACGAUAGCGAUUACGAAAACGAACAAACGGAGACGUAUAUACACAAGGACGUGCACGUUAAUCCUAAAAUGACGCCCGUGGAUUCGCGAAGACCAAAGUCUGUGGAUAUCCCUUCUAGGCCAAGUGUGUCCCCGUCGAAUAAUAGAAGCUUCGACAAUUCCCCCUUAGUCGCGAGUAUAAAUGAGGUGGAAUAUCCGACAACGGAAGACCUCAUGUUGUCUAUGUUCCAAGAGUCGAAAUAUAUUGUACCGAGGCAUCAUAUCAACGGGGAAUCUCAUAGAACAGCAGAAAAGCCAUCUGUAUGGAAAACCAGAAUAUCGACGUGAGAGCAGUUGAGCAGAUGCCAUUCACAAAUUAGUUUACAUUUGGCCUUAGAUCUGGUAACUUGUAGUUGACAUUGACGCCACAAUUCGCUUUAAACCAUAGAUAUAUAAUGGACUAAGAACACUUGAUAAUAAGCGAUUUUUAACUGUAAGGAAUUUGAGUUUUAUGCUAUAACUGAUAAAGCUUGCAUUUGCUGUUGGCACACAAGGCAGCUAUGGCGUAUAUCGUAAAAUUCAGUGGUGCUAAUUCUGAUUAAUUCUGAUCUAGUAAAACAUGGUAUUACCUUUUUUUAAGUUCAUAUUUUUUUGUAAGUAUUUUACUAUGCGAGAUUAACGGCCUUUUAAAGCGUGGACUGAAGUUAGUGAUUGUUCUCUUUAUAUGAUAAAUAAAUCGUAGACAUUGUAGCAAACGCGAUAUUUUAAUUCUCGUUUUAUAAUAAGGACAUAUACAGAACUAGUAUGAAGACUUGCUUCUUAUUAAUUUAUCCUACUGUUCAGUCUAUUAUUAUAUCUAUGGGGAACCAAGACAGUCGGCUUGUGGAUCAAAAGACGUUGUACGCGGUAUUUAUAAUCAAUAAAUUAGGGUUGCCAAUCGCGAUAAUAAUUUUUGACACCGAUGGGUUACCUAACCAUGGCAAUCCUGCACGACUGAAAUGUGAAAAGUUGUAAACUCAUUACUGAGUACGAGCUUCCUCAAGUCAUUUCAAAUAAGGUGUAUUUAAAAUUGUAUCUCGAGCCUAAUCAUUGUAUAUUGCUUAGCUGCAUACACGGUAUUAGAUAUGCUACAAGUCGUAGUUUUUAUAGAUAAAAGUUUGUCACAAGGCCUAUAAGAAUAGCCAAUAAUAUAGAACUUAGGGAUUAAUUCACAGGAGAAAAGACUUUUUCUUGCUUCCAAAAUUCAUUUUAGACAUUUAUAAUUGAGUUUAGUAAUAUAAAAAUAUAUUAAUGAAAUUAUUCUGAUUUACGUACGUUACGUAGACUCUCGCUUGAAUGUGAUUUGGCUAACGCUGUUGACCAAUCACAGACGUUAACCGAUGGUUAGCAUUUUUUUAAUUGAAUUGCGAACACUGAAAUCCAGACGAGUCAAUACCUCAAUACAGUGUAUGCAGCCUAUAGAUGUAUAAUAUAAACAGCAUAAACUUGUAAUUACUUUAGGUAAUACUGUGCCUUCGUUCUAGAGAAGUUGUGAUUUUUAAAUAUUUAACACCUCAAUCGAAGAUUAGACAUUGAUAAGCUAUUUGCAGAAACAAUGUAUAUACUGUGGCCUUUAUAGUUUUGGUAUUGGAUUAUGUAAUCUUUGUGAUCUUGAAUGGAAUUGGCACUUGAAUCGGUACAUAAGUUAUCUAACUUAUAGGUUAUCUACCUACAAUAU